AAUUCUCAAGUUAUCUCCACAGACAAAGAACACAAGCAGUGUUUCAUCUCCAGCUUCAGUCUUUAUUUCAUGUCUAAUGAGGAGAAGAACUGGACUGAGAGCAGAGAGGACUGUAUAAAGAGAGGAGCAGACCUGGUGAUCAUAAACAGCAGAGAGGAACAGGAGUUCAUCAUUAAACAAAAGGUGAAUGGCAGAAUUCAGGCUUGGAUUGGUCUGAGUGACAGAGAGACAGAGGGAGAGUGGAAAUGGGUGGACGGUACACCACUGACUACAGGACGGAGCAAUACGUUCUGGGCUGAUAAGGAACCAAAUGGAGGUGCUGGUGAGAACUGUGCUGAGUUUUAUAGUGGUGCAGCUGGGAACUUCUGUAAUGACAAGAAAUGCUCUGUGAAACUAAACUGGAUCUGUGAGAAACAUCUUUCGCAGUAA